CUUUAAUGAGUCUUGUCUAUACUUGUAACUUGAUUACUUGUUUUGUGAUGUGAAUAACUUUGGAAAUUGUUGAUACUGAUUCUAACUUAAAAAAACUUUACAAUUAUCUAUUUCGGCACGAAUGUCGAAAAUUUAAGUUGCAAUAUAAGUCAUUCCAUUUAAUUUUAGUUUUUCUUAAUUCCUUAUCACAAUAAAGUGCGGAAAAUAAUAUAAUGAUAAACUCAUAAUAUCAAUAGGAACAAUGGCUUGUACUGAAGAUGAUGAGGUUAUUCGACAGGCCUUUAUGGUAAAAAGGUCCCAAAAUAAGAAGAUAUUUACACCAGUCAACUACAAGGAACGCUGUUUUGUACUCACAAGAAAAGCACUAAUAUACUAUGAUUCUGAUGGUCAAAAACGUAAAGAGCGCGGACGUAUACCAACGGACGCCAUUCAUACGGUUGAACAAGCACAGCUAGGAGAGCUGAGUAAGCAAAUACUAGACGGCGACAACGAAAAGAGUCCUGCCUACAGGUACCCCUUCCAGGUUGGUUACACGGAACAGAACACUGACUACACAUUAUAUCUUGCUGCUCGAGAGCACAGUGAAAGAUUGAGCUGGAUUCACGAAAUUAGAACUAUUUGUAUAUCAAACACUCGUCGAGCGCGCUACCACCCAGAGGUCUGGUCGGCGCGGCGCUGGGCUUGCUGUGACGCGGAGCGCCGUUCAGCACCGGGCUGUGCCCUUACUGCUAUCUGGCCGCUACCGGAACCCGAGCUAGAACUAAUUAUCCAAGAUCAUAAACCUAACAGUGAAAACGGCUUACUUAUGGCCCGUUUGGGUGAAAUCAUUGGCCAGAAACUAGCCGUCUCUCGUAAGCAAGAAUUCAAUGUUUCCGCGGUCACGGCGGCCGUCACCAUGCCCGGAGGAGGCGGAGUUCCUCCAGGGACUCCUUCGGCGAAACCAAAGGAAAAACAAAGAACUAAAGUCGUGGUGGCUUUAUACCCCUUCAAAGCUAUCGAAAGCGGCGACCUUUCACUAGAGAAGGGCGCAGAGUAUGAAGUAAUAGAUGAUUCACAGGAACAUUGGUGGAAAGUUAAAGAUGAAAAUGGAUCUGUUGGAUACAUUCCAAGUAAUUACGUUAAGGAAAAGGAAACGAUAGGAUUACAAAAAUAUGAAUGGUACGUGGGUGAGAUGUCUCGACAGCGGGCUGAAUCAGUACUCAAACAAGAGGACAAAGAGGGCUGCUUCGUCGUACGUAACUCCUCGACAAAGGGAAUGUACACGCUCUCGUUAUAUACCAAAGUAAAUCACCCACAGACAAAACACUACCACAUAAAACAAAAUAUUCGCGGCGAGUUCUAUUUAUCGGAUAAACAUUGCUGCUCAAGUAUUCCCGAACUAAUAAACUACCACAAGCACAACAGUGGCGGACUUUGCUGCAGACUAAAGGCGACUCCUUGCGAUAGGCCAGCUCCUCCUACGGCCGGACUCUCCCACGACAAGUGGGAGAUCGACCCGGGCGAGCUGGUGCUGCUGGAGGAGCUGGGCGCGGGGCAGUUCGGCGUGGUGCGGCGCGGGCGCUGGCGCGGCCGCACCGACACCGCCGUCAAGAUGAUGAAGGAGGGCACCAUGUCCGAGGACGACUUCAUCGACGAGGCCAAGGUCAUGACGAAACUCCAACAUCAGAACCUUGUCCAGUUGUACGGAGUGUGUUCCAAACAUCGUCCUAUUUACAUCGUGACGGAAUACAUGCGGCACGGCUCUCUCUUCAACUACCUGCGACGCACCGCACCCGACCAGCUCGGACCGGCCGUCUUACUCGACAUGUGUAUACAGGUUUGCAAAGGUAUGGCAUAUUUAGAACGACAUAAUUACAUUCAUCGAGAUUUAGCUGCAAGAAAUUGCUUAGUAGGAGAUGAAAAUGUAGUCAAGGUUGCAGACUUUGGCUUAGCGCGAUAUGUCCUUGACGAUCAGUACACAAGUUCUGGUGGCACAAAAUUUCCUAUAAAAUGGGCUCCACCUGAAGUUCUCAACUACACGCGAUUUUCAUCUAAAUCCGACGUUUGGGCGUUUGGAGUCUUAAUGUGGGAAGUAUUUACCUGUGGGAAAGUACCUUAUGGUCGAAUGAAAAAUUCGGAAGUAGUCGAAAUGGUCCAGAGAGGACAGGUGCUUGAAAAACCUAAGGGAUGUUUAAACGAAAUUUAUAAUGUAAUGAAAGCAUGCUGGAGACACGCGCCCGAGGAGAGGCCUUCGUUCCGGCUGCUGAAGGAGGAGCUGGCCGGCGUGGCGCAGAGCGUGCUGGCCGAUUGACUGCGCCUGCUGCUGCUGCUGCUGCGGCCCGCGCCGCCCUCGCCGCCCUGCCCCGCCCCCGCGCCCGCCACGGCCACGCUGCCGCGCGCGCGCCGCGUGCACGCCGCCUCGCCCGUGUGAGCGCCCGCGCCAGCACCACUCGUGACGGAGAUGACCAAAACUAACUCUUUAAAUUUAUUGUCGAACCCGGUGUGUGAUGGGUCAAAUGAUUGGAAUCUGUCUUAGUUUUGGUUACCUUUAGCACGAGUCGUACUGUAUUGGUCCCCAUGAGACUCGAUUUACAUGAUCGAUAUCGGUUUCGAUUUGAUAAAUUAUUAUUUUCUGACUGUCAGACCAGGUUUAUUGUCUUCGUGCUUAUUAUUUAUUUGCAAAAUAAAAGUAGAUCAUAAAUUCAUCUGGUGCAAGUCUCGUCUAUUUUUACAAUUAAAAGCACACAGUAAAUACGUCAGUGGUAUAACAUGAUAAUUAUUGUGACAUUCGAGUAAAGAUCACUAAUGAGAAUGAUGAUCCAUAUUCAGGAUUGAGGAGGAUUGCUAUGAAUAUCAUGCAUAUAUUUAACUAUUAAUAUUAAUGAUACCGCUGCAAUUGAACAUGCAAAUCGAGUCCUGUCCUUUGUUUUAAGUUUACGACCGCGUCUACCGCCGUACCUCCGACUCUCUCAUACAAAUCAUGCUUAAAUUACCUUCUCAAUUUCCUAUCUUUACGUUGUGUUUGAUUAUGUAUUUCGUGGAUACUCGCUUAUUUACAGAAUAUGGCAUUGAUCGCGUUAAUGAUAAUUUUUACAUCCAUUUUUGGCAGCCUGAUGUUCCAUUUUUAUAAAUAUUUUUUGUCAGUUUAGUUAAAGUCAACAGAGAUGCCAUACAUUAUGUCCUCGAUUAUAACUAACACAGUUUAUUCCAGCGAACCCCUUUAUUAUUUGAGGUGAUUAAAAAAAAUGUGGCAACAGCAGCUUCAGGAUAUUUAUAUAAAAGUAUUCAGAAAGAAUGUAUUUAGAUUAUAUAUGUAUAUUGAAUCAAUACAAGAUGUCACAAUAGCACAAUAUAUAUUUCAGUAGUGAUUUUUUAUUAAUUAAGGUCAAAAUUUACAAGUGAAUAACAUUUUACGUGCACACUAAUGUGUCAAUUUAAUAUAAAAAUUGUAUUAGCUUCUUAUAUGUAAUUCUGUGCCCGGAUACUUAAAUGGCCAAAGUUACAUUUUUGAGCUGAAUGUAAAACAAUAUUUGCCAUGAGCCCGAAUCAUUUAAAAAAUAAUCAAUUUUUAAAAAAAAACUACAUAUACGUAAUAUUACUAAUACUAACAAUUAUUCAUGGCAUGGCAUGGAAGUUAGAACCAUUAACAUCUGUUUAUUUUUGCUAUUAUGAUUGACAAAAGUAUGGGUUAUUGACAUUGGUCAUUUUAGCACCUGGUCACAGAAUUCGAUUGAUAGAUAUUUACAAAAGUGCUCGUUGAUUUAUGUAUAUUAUAAAAUACUUUCUCUAUAUGUAAAUUAAUUUAAAUAGCUCAUAAAUGUAACAUAUAAUUUUUUGAUUUUCCUCUUUUGAAUUCAAUAAUAUUGUCAUCUAAAGGCUUCAACAAAAGUAAUUUCCACAGACAAUG